AUGGUCUUCCUGAAGUUCUCGCGUGCCGUCGCCGAUGAGGCUGCGGACGGCGUGGACGAUGAUGUCAUUGGCGAUAGGGACGAGGACGGGAACGCUGCGGCAGAGCUUGCUGGCGUAGGGAUUGAGGAAGAAGAAAAGAAGGGCGAUGAGAGAAGAAAGGAAAAAAUAACGAGCGACCAAAAGGCAAAAAAAAACGUCACCCCACAUCUUACAACAGUUCUGCGAGCUGGCGGUGUUAUUAUCCGUUCGACACAACGAUCAACAGCUGGCGAACGAAAAGACGAUAAACAGCCAUGGUAUGCAGUGACUUUCGAUGCUGAGUGUGCCUGCUCGGGCUAG